GCAGGAAAGGUGAAGACAGGAAGAGGUAAUUAAACGAAUGGGAAGAAAGAGAGAGAGGGCAACAUUACUGGAGCAGGGUACAAAGCCAGCGUCAGAAUUACUCCACCCUCCGUCUCUGACUUACACUCCGCUGAGGUAAAUCCCCCAGCAUUCCCCCCCGUAUGCGCUGUCAUAGCCCUCCCACUCCUGUGACUGGUUCGUGUGUGUGUGUGUAUGCGUGUGGGUGUGUGUGUGUGUGUCACCACUUUUUCUUCUGACAUUCAUUUGCAAAGCAGAGAGACGGAGCGCUUGGCUGGGGCUGCAAAGCCAAAUCACAAUUCCACCCAGAGAAAAGAAAGUUCUUCCUGCAGCUUUUUGCCGAUUCCUUUAACAUCCAGUUUUGGAGACUCUGCAUGCAAAACAUUUGGGAGGUCUUACUUUUUUAACAACAGCUUUCCAGAAAAGCAUCCUCUUGUUUCCAGCUGCGCUUUUCCUCCGGUCCUUUAUCCAUCCAUCUUUCUCGCUCUCUGGAGGCAGAACUCCAAAGUUUAGGAAAAGUUCUCACAGUCCAGCAGAAAAACUUCAGAAAAAAGAACGAAGGACUUGAAGUGACCCUGGCUCCUGUAAAAAUGGCUGAGGAGGUCCAGCUGGAUUCAAAUCUGCAGAUUCCUGCUGGGAGUUUAUCCAUUCCAUCUUCGCCGGCCACAGCCAGGAACGACUGCAGCAUCACGCCGCUCACGCCCUCGCCUUCACCGAGGGUGGAGGUCAGACCCAGGAUGGCUUGUCCCUUCUCUGUCGUCAUCGCCAUAGACUUUGGGACGACCUCCAGCGGCUACGCUUUCAGCUUCACGCACGACUCCGAAGCCAUACAUAUGAUGAAGCGCUGGGAGGGCGGCGAUCCCGGAGUGGCCAAUCAGAAGAGCCCGACAUGUUUGCUGCUGACUCCUGAUUUGCGUUUCCACAGUUUUGGGUUUGCAGCACGGGAUUUCUACCAUGACUUAGACCCGGAGGAGGCCCAGCACUGGCUCUACUUUGACAAAUUUAAAAUGAAAAUCCACAGCACCAGUGACCUGACGAUGGAGACGGAGCUGGAGGCUGUUAACGGUCGGAAGGUCCGGGCCAUCGAGGUGUUUGCACACGCCCUGCGCUUCUUCAGAGAACACGCUCUGAAGGAGGUGAAGGACCAGUCGUCUUCGGUGCUGGAAGGAGAGGAGAUCAGAUGGGUGAUCACCGUCCCAGCUGUGUGGAGGCAACCGGCCAAGCAGUUCAUGAGAGAGGCGGCGUACCUGGCUGGACUGGUGUCUCCCGACUGCCCUGAGCGGCUCCUCAUCGCCCUGGAGCCCGAGGCCGCCUCCAUCUACUGUCGGAAACUCCGGCUGCACCAGGUGAUCGACCUGAGCCUGCAGCCAAUCACAAACGGCCUGGACCUGGACGGAACCCGGCCCUUCGACUCCAGCUUCAGACAAGCGAGGGAACAGCUGAGGCGAUCCAGACACAGCAGGACCUUUCUGGUGGAGAGUGGAACCGGGGAGCUGUGGUCCGAGCUGCAGACCGGUGACAGGUACGUCGUUGCAGACUGUGGAGGAGGAACGGUUGACCUGACGGUUCAUCAGAUUGAGCAGCCGCAGGGAACACUUAAAGAGCUCUACAAAGCCUCAGGCGGUCCGUACGGCGCGGUCGGGGUCGACCUGGCCUUCGAAGCCAUGCUGUGCCAGAUCUUUGGCGAGGACUUCAUUCAGAGUUUUAAAGCCAAGCGGCCGGCGGCCUGGGUGGACCUCAUGAUUGCAUUCGAGGCGAGGAAACGAACCGCGUCGCCAGGAAGAGCAAACGCCCUGAAUAUCUCCCUGCCCUUCUCUUUCAUCGACUUCUACAAGAGACACAGAGGUCAGAGUGUGGAGGCCGCCCUGAGGAGGAGCAACAUGAACAUUGUGAAGUGGUCGUCUCAGGGAAUGCUGCGGCUGACCCAGGAAGCAAUGAAUGAACUCUUCCAGCCCACCAUCAGCAACAUAGUCAGACAUAUAGAGGAGUUGAUGGGGAAGCCAGAGGUGCGCUGUGUACGCUUCCUGUUCCUGGUUGGUGGUUUUGCAGAGUCGCCGAUGUUGCAGAAAGCAGUCCAGAAGGCACUGGGAAGGACCUGCCGGAUCAUCAUCCCCCAUGAUGUCGGCCUCACCAUCCUGAAGGGUGCCGUUCUCUUCGGACUGGAUCCCACUGUGGUCAGAGUGCGACGUUGCCCUGUGACCUAUGGGGUCGGCGUCCUAAACCGGUUCGUUGAGGGACGGCACCCUCGGGAUAAGCUCCUUAUCAAAGAUGGCCGCGAGUGGUGCACGGACAUCUUCGAUCGCUUCGUCUCCAUCGACCAGUCUGUGGCGCUGGGAGAGGUCGUUCGACGAAGCUACACGCCCGCUCGGGUGGGGCAGCGGAAGAUCAUCAUCAACAUCUACUGCAGCGCCACAGAUGACGUCACCUACAUCUCCGACCCCAACGUCCGGAAGUGCGGGACAAUAACCUUAGACUUACCGGAACCAUUGGUGCCACCUGGGGCGGUGGGAGGAGCAGAAGCAGGAGCGGUGAUAGCGGGCCCAGAAAGGAGAGAGAUCAGAGCCACCAUGCAGUUUGGAGAUACAGAGAUUAAAGUCACGGCUAUUGAUGUCAUGUCUGACAGGUCUGUCCGGGCUUCCAUAGACUUCCUGUCCAACUAAGGUGGAGUAGCUUGAAGAGACUUGAAAACAACCAAAACUGAUUUAAUUCAGACAUUAUGGAUCUUGAUGUUCAAUCAAUAUUAAAUAUUUUUCUCGGACUCUCCCUUAGUUCAUCCAUCCAGCCCUCCAGAGAAGAUUUGAUUUCUGUGCAUUUUCUGCACAGAAACUCUUCAAAGAAACAAAAACACUCCCUAAGACACAAGAUGCUGGAACAAACUUACCCUUCAGUAUAAGGAUUUCAAGCUAAGACUGAAUCACCUAAAGACCUCAUAAAGUAUACUUCCUAGAGUGAGAAUCACUCUUGUUUAUUUUAUCUUGAUAUGAUACUCAAUACCUCAUUUAAAUUCUAUCAUAAAACCUGUUUGGACUCGUAUUGUUUCUCUAACAACGUAGUGUUCCAUCUAGUGGUAAGAUGACAUAACUACAAGCUGGAAAAGAAAAUUAAGGAUUGUGGCAUUAUAACAUUUUAAACUUUUACAGUGUCAUAUGAGUGCUGCUGUGUUGAAUAUAUUUACUCUGACUUGAUUUGUUUAAACCGAAUGAAAGCAGUAAAAAAAAAAAAAAGGACUAAAACGUUUCCAUGUUUUACAACAUAGUAAGAAAGUUUUUUAAAAAAAUUAUAUAAAAACUUGAACGUUGGUCCGCUAACGUUUGCUACAUGUCAGAAUGAAACAAGAUGGACGAACGUUGGCUGGAGGUCGAACGUUUGCUGGACGUCCGCAGACAACGUUCUACGUCACACAGACAUUCAGACAACGUCAGAGAUGCAAAUAUUUUCUAAGACAAAAAUUGCAGUUUUGUAAAAAAAAACAAAAAAA